AACGGGGAUUCAAAGAUCAAGAUAUUUUCACAGCCUUACAUAGGUAUCAUAUUGCACUCUUACACAGCAAUGCCCUUGUUAUUGUUUUUAAAAGCAUACGAAAAUCAACAAAUGUUGUUCAUGUACUUAUUAUUUAGCCAAACGUGUAGGUUUACACAAGUGCAUUGAAAUGCAACAGUUUAUUGUGAAAUAGAGGAAAUUUUUACAAUUGGAAAGGGAACUUCUGAAACCACCAUGUAUAGUGAACUUCCUUUUUAGGGUUCCAGGCAAGCUGGUUUAGGCAGUGUUUAUUAAGCCUUAAACGUACCAUUAAACAACACAUCAAAUCAAACAGCAGUACUAGUCAUGUCUGAUGGCCCUGGGCUUUUUGAUUUGGAAGAUGAUGAGUGCUGGGCACGGCUGGAAGACUACAGAAUGCUCCUUAUUAAGAGCAUUGAGCCAUCAAGGAUAACACCUUAUUUGAGACAGUGUAAAGUGCUGAGUGGAGAGGACGAGGAACAGAUCUACAAUGACCCCAGUCUGGUAAUAAGACGUCGAAAAGUUGGGGUAUUGCUGGACAUUUUACAAAGAACUGGUCUCAAAGGAUAUGAGGCAUUUUUAGAAAGCUUGGAGCUAGACUAUCCAGAGAUUUAUCGCAAAAUCACCGGCAAAGAGCCUGCUCGGGUUUUUUCUGUGCUUAUUGACACAGCAGGCGAAUGUGGCCUCACUCAGUUCCUCAUGAACGAAGUGUCUCGUCUACAGAAGCUCGUACAGGACGAGCGAAGGGCGAGGCUUGAGUUGUCUGUGCAGGCAACGGAGCAGCUUGACACCAUUCGCCAGCUGCAACUUUGCGAGAGUGAGCGUCGCAAACAGCAGGAGCGAGUUCAGCGCAUCAGAGAGGAGCGUGAGCGUAUGUGCGAGGAGGCGCGUCAGUUGCGAGACGAGAAUUAUAGUUUGAUGCACGAUCUGACUCGACUGAGUGAGGAGAAAAACUGCGUGCACAUGCGUAACAGAGACCUCCAGCUGGAGAUUGAGAGACUCAAGCACAGCUUAAUGAAUGCAGAGAGCGAUUCAAAGAUCCAGCGGAAGAAGACAAUAACCUUGAAAAAUGCCAUGGAGCAGAGGCCAAGUCAAGACAUGAUUUGGCAGCUGCAGAGAGAAAACGAUCUCCUUACAGCAAGAAUUCAAGAGCUUGAAAGUGCUUCCAAAGCCCAAACUCCAGAGUGUGAAAAGCUUGAUCAAGAGUCAAUGGAAGAUCUCAAGCAGCAAAGUCAAGCACAAUACCAGGAGCUGGUAAAUGAUCUCUACAAUAUACGCAAAGAUCUGCACGAUACACAAGAGCUAUGUGAUAAGUAUCAAGAGGAGAAGGAUGAGUUAGCUUUGAUGUGCACCAUGCUAAAAAAAGACUCCACAAUGUAUCGAGACCGAAUGGAAGACAUCUUGAAGCAGUUGGAAGAUGUCAUUAAAGAAAGAGACAAGGCUAUCGCUGCAAGAGAGGAGUACCAUUUGGAGAGCUUAAAAAAUCUCCAAGACAAGGACCAUUACCGCAAACAGAUCAGAGAGAUGGGAGAACGUUACGAUGAACUUCAAGUUCAGUUGUUCCGUACUCAGGGAGAAGUUCUUUCUCUUCAAGCAAAACUCCGCAAACAGAACAAUCCAGUUCAGUUGAACUCUGAAGACAGUUCAUUAGUGGGUUCAUUUGAGACGUUACAUAGCCCCCCCUCUAAGGGCGGAUUCCAGACGCCCCAAAACAACAGUUCAGGAGGGUGGAGGAGCAGAGAUGGAACAGGGGGCAGGAUGGAGGGCCAGGCCUGUCAAGGGGCCUGAACAGAACCUGGGCCAUGGAACAGAGGUGGAGCUGGACCGUGGUCAAGCCACGGAGGCGCUGGCUGGGCUGGAGGCGCUGGCUGGGCUUGAGGCAGGGCCCUCAAGAAGAUCACAGGAGUCCAUCUUGGAUGAGGUAGGGAACUCAAAUACGCCGGACGGUACCGGCUCAAAGAACACAGGAAGACCGGACGGGACUGACUCGAAGAUCUCUGGAAGGCCGGACGGAACUGGCUCAAAGACCUCUGGAAUGCUGGAUUGGACCGUCUUGGGGAACUUUAGAGCGGCCAGCUCGUCAGUAGCCUCAGGAACGGGAGAGCAGUGCACUAAACCUAACAUACCCAUAUUGGGAUGAAUUUAAUUGAUUAUGAUCAAUUAUAAUUAUCUGGAUCAAAUUCAUGAUUUGGGGAAAUCACUCACAUUAAGAGCAGGUAUCAAGAAUCUGCAUGUUUAGGGACUCCGGAUUAUGAGCAUGAACUACAGACAAAGUCACAUGUGAAAUAAAACAGGACUUUAUUAUCUAGACUAGACACAUACUAAUCUAACAUACACACAUAUAGUUUAGCAUUGGAAGAAGGUUGAAGUUGAAACAGAGAGAAGAACAGAGCACGGAUUUAUGGAAGUAUUUGAUAUUCAGAAGAUUAAUAGCCUGCACAAAACAUCAGUUUCUUCUUUUAAAGCACCUUUGUUAAAAGGAUUAAUGAUGCUCUAUGCAUCCAUUAAUACGAAUAAGUAUGAUACUUGCAUGUCUUGCCCAUCAAAAGAAAGAAAGUGUCCUGAUGCAGUUUGUUAAGCCUACAGUUGAUCUUGGCUGGAAGUGAUCAGAGAGAACCAGUUUUAUGCAGAGGAUCUGUAUCUGGAAAGACGAGGCCGCAGCCUGGCACAAACUUAGGGGUCCAGGUGAAGUAUUCAUCUAGUCUACCCUUUAGAGAUAGUUCUACCCUUGUAGAGGUGGCACGGACAGAACCCGAACAAAAAGAAAAGCAAAACGCAAAAAGAGAGAGGAGAGAAAGAACGAACCAGCUAACAGAAGAGACUGUGGUCUCUUUUAAGCUGUAAGGAUGUCACAUCCCACAGAUGUAACUGACCCAAUCAAGAGAAUGGCACCUUUGGAGGGAAAGUUAAUUGUCUUUGUCUUCCAACAAUGGUGUUUUGCAUGUGGAAGCUGAUUGGAUGUUCACUAAGAAAAUUUCUAAGAGUUUGAUAAAACGAAUAUGAAAAGAGUUACCAAAACACAACAAACAUUAACAUUAAGGAAAUCACAAAUGCGCCUCAUAGACACCAAACAUGAUCUACAUUUCAUCUUGGUUAGAUGAGUUACUACAAAUCUAAUAAUUCUAGUAGUUACACACACAUUCAUUCAAACUACUUUGGAUUAAUGUUUAAGACAGACAUAACAACAAGAACAUCAAUACAUGUAAAGGUUAUAAAUUAAUAUAUGUACAUUUCUUGUCACAAUCUCGGAGUGGAGGAAGAACCCAAAUGCAGGCAGGCAGAGGUGAAGGGGUUAACAGAGAAUUUAUUUAAACAAUAAACACAAAACAAGAACCCACGAGGGGGUAAAGAAGAAACACAGGUAAACAAAAACGAAGACUGACUAAACACUAGACUAACCAAACACUAGACAAAACUAAACUGAACACUUACUAGACAGAACGGAGGAAUUCACAAAGGACACUGGCAUGGGAAGCAGGAAGGCACAGAACAUGGAACGCAGCAAGACACCAUAUACAAUACACGAGCACAGGACAAAGAAACAUGAGGGCAUUAAAUAGGGCAAGACAAACGAGGGAUAAUGACACAGGGCAGGUGGGAAACAUCAGACACGGCAGGGAAGCAAUACAUGAAACGAGAGGGGCGGGGCCAAUGACAAGACACGAGAAAGCACAUGAGAUGUCAAAACAUAAACAACUCAUGGCUUUCUCACAUAAAACCUAAGGGCUCUGUCCCGAUCCUGCCACACGACUAGAAAUUCAGAAACAAGAGGGCAGGACCGUGACAUUUCUAUAUAGAUGUAUUUAGGAUUGUAUGGUUGUCCCCGCAAAGUGAGUAAAGAGAGUUCAUCUCCCUACAUACCAUUCGGUCGUAAAAUACUCUUAUCUUGAUGGUUUGGUGUGGGUUGCUAUAGUCACCAGAGAUCCCCUAGGUGUUAGUUGCAGAUUGGGGGUAGACCCCCUGGUGACUAGCUUGCUGGUUGGGUGAGGGGUGGUGGUGUUAUGUUUCUUAAAUAUAACUCUUAUUGCGUGUCUGAUCAGUCUCAGGCACUACAAUGCAGAAAAAAAUCUGAAAAUAAAUAAGUGUAAGCAGAAAUACAUAUGUACACAAAUAAAUGUAUAAAUGAAUAAAUGAAAAAUUAAAUAUUGUGGAAAAACAUUCUCGCAUGCUGCUAUCUGGUGCAUUUUAAGAGCAAAAUUAAGUGACUCAAUCUAAGUAAAAAAAAAACAAAUUAUAUUGUUGGAUGAACAUAAAUAGAGAAUAUAGAGUGGUUAUUUAAAAAUAAACAAAUUGAUUUGUCUUUUA